AUGAUUACUACCAUGGCCUCCGUCGCUCGCCCGCCGACCUCUCGCACCAGCCACCGCCGCUCCGCCUCUUCCCGCCCCUUCCGCGCAUUGUCUCCGCUCUCCGCGCUGCUCCUUGCCGCGUGCUGCCACCUCGCGCUCUCCCCGAACCGCGGGGUCCUGCCUGUGGCGCGUGCGACGCCGCAAGUCCCGUGGGAUAACUUCACCUCGCCGUGCACGCCGCUCUCAGACCCUCCCCUCGCCGGCUUCAAGCUGUGGAGCGAUGCAGCGACGUGGCCGGGAGGAGUGGUGCCGGGCGUGGGGGCGGGCAAGGGCGGCAACGCCACCAUCCCGUGCGGAGUGGCCUUGCUUCUCGACAUGCCCUCUGUCGUGCUCUCCACCCUCACCAUUCGGGGCAUGCUCAAAAUCGAGGACACAGCAUCACGGCCGGUGGUGCAGGUGAACGCGUCGUUUGUGAUCGUGGAGGGGCAGCUGAUCGUGGGCAACAGCACCAACCACUUCUCCCAGCGGGUCGUCUUCACGCUCACGCACAACCCCAACGGCCGUGCGCCUUACCAGUACACUGCCAACGCACCCGCUGACCCCGCCAACCCCCGCAACUUCGGCCACAAGGCCUUCGUCGUGGUGGGAGGGCAGGUGAGCAUGCACGGCAUGCCGGGCGGCUCCUCGACUCCCUCCUGGUGCCGUCUGGCAGCGACAGCACAGGCGGGCGAUUCAGCCAUCAUAGUGGACCGGGACGUCACGGCAUGGCCCGUGGGCUUCUAUGUUGGCCUCGCCUCCACCGACUUCUAUGCUGAUCAAAUCGACGUUGCCAAGAUCGUUGGUGUGACUGCCAUGCCCGGCAACAAGUGGAAAGUGGCGCUGAGCGCGCCGCUCUCCUACAGCCACUUCGGAGAGGUGGUGCCCGAUGGGUUCGGCGGCACGAUAGACGAGCGCGGGGAGGUGGUGCUGCUGAACCGCACAGUGGCCAUUCGAGGGGAGGACGAGGCGGCACCGCACAACUGGGAGGGCGGGCACUUCAUGGUGUUCUUCACUCAGACCGCGCAGAUGAUAGAGGGCGUGGAGUUUGCCCAGAUGGGGCAGCAGGGGCAGCUGGGGCGCUAUAACAUUCACUUCCACCUGUGUGGGAACCAGGCGGGGAAGAGUGUGGUGCGCAAGAACGUCAUGCAUGACAGCAAGCAGCGCUGUGUGGUGGUGCACGCCACCUUCAAUCCUCAUCGCGUCCCCUUCUCACCCCCCUCCCCCAUGCAGCGCUGUGUGGUGGUGCACGCCACCUUCAAUCCUCAUCGCGUCCCCUUCUCACCCCCCUCCCCCAUGCAGCGCUGUGUGGUGGUGCAUGCCACGUUCAAUCUGACGGUGGAGGAGAACGUGGCGUUCAACACGAGAGGGCAUUGCUUCAUGGUGGAGGAAGGGGGCGAGCAGGGCAACUCCUUCAUCCGCAACCUCGGCGUCUGGACGCGCCCAGGUGUGUACACGCCUCUUGUCGGCAUCUGGACGCGCCCAGGUGUGUACACGCCUCUUGUUGGCAUCUGGACGCGCCCAGGUGUGUACACGCCUCUUGUCGGCAUCUGGACGCGCGCAGUGGAGGUGAAGAUAUCAAGCGACGAGACGGAUGACGAGCCAUCCACAUUCUGGAUCACCAACCCCAACAACAACUAUAUUGGGAAUGUCGCCGCCGGCUCAGAAGACACCGGCUUCUGGCUCGAGCUACGGGACGAAGUGAGGGGGCUGUCAUCGCAGUGGCCAGAGAUCAACACGCUGAUCCCCUUCAACUACCACCGCGUGGGAAAGUUUGAAGGCAACGUGGCGCACUCGUGUGAGGUUGGCUUCCGUGACUACCCCGGGGGCUUCAACCCCCGCUUCAACGCCUCCACCCUCGACCAGGACGAGACCUACUGGGACCAUCCAGUGUGGGUGACUAUCUCGGGCUUCACUCUCUAUAAGAACACCUACGCGGGGGCGUUCAUCCACAACACGGACUACGUGGUGUUUGACGGCUUCACAGCAGCGGACAACGUGUGGGGGGUGGAGAUGUCUCAGGUGGAGGGCAUUGUCAUGCGCAACCUCAGGGUGGUGGGGCACACCACCAACUACGGCAACCCCUAUGACUGCACCGACCCGGACUCUGACGGCUGCGCUCCGGUCUCCGGCUGCAAGUUUCCAUUGGCGGAGGGGCAGCAGGGGCGCAGUGUGGGGGAUGGGGGGCUUAAUGAGCCCGUAUACGGGCUGGUGUUGACGCAGAGCCCAUGGUUCACUGAUGGGCUCUUCAACAACGUUGUUGACGGCGCUAAGUUCGAUGGGUUUGACAGCACGUGCAAGCCGUCUGCAGCGGUGGCGGUGGGGGGGGACAUGGGAACGUACUGGAAUGCAGGCAACAGCCUCAAGGAAAACCCGUACGACGACUCACAGUUCCAGUCUCAACACAUCUCAACUCGCAUUAUCUCCCUCUCACCCUCCUCUCCUCCACUCCCUUCUCUCUCCCGUGUGCCUGACCCUGAGCAGUACGACCAGUCAGAGGUGGAGGACCAUGGGGAGGCAGCGACACAGGUGGCGUUGAGGGACUUGGACGGCAGUAUACCCAUGCCCGGAGCCAAUGCAUACGCGUGCCCCUCGCUCGCACACUGCUUCCGCACCGUCAACGUCCGCUACCUUGAACCCGCCACCGCAGCCAACACCAACCGCACGCAGGCCCACGGCGUGAUGAGUUUCAUCAAGGUGGUGCGUGCGAGUGACGGCGCGGAGCAGACGUUUGACGGGAACUCAGACCACAUCGAGCUGGAGGAGGGUGGGGGGGAGGCGGAGCGGGUGUUUGGGUUCACAGCGCUGGUGGGGGAGGUGUAUGUGGUGGAGGUGGUGGGGCCGGAUGGGGAGGAGGAGUGGCAGCCGGAGGAGGUGGAUGUGUACUUUGGGGAUGGCGUGGAUAAGGACUUUGCGGGGGACUGUGGAGGGGCUGUGACGGUGCGGCUCAAGGCGCCUGCUGGAGGGGACACACAGUGGGCCCCCAGGAUGGCAGAUAACGCUGCGUGUCGGCCCUGUACUGGCACCACUCAGCGUGCCCCCGCCCUGUUCUCAUACGAGUGCAAUGCGGAGUCAGAGCAGCAGCAGGUGCAGGUGGUGCUGUCAGGCGAUGUGGACUACUACCUCCCUGCUGCCCUCUUCCUCUCCCAGGACCCCCCUGCACCCUGCUCCACCCCUUCGCACUGUGGCCUCCUAGCACCGAGUGCAGUGUGGCGCUACAACCAGGAGGGGGGCGAGCUACAUCCACUCUCCCCCGGCGGUCCAGCCUACUACAACCCGAAUUUCCCGGACUCCUCCUGGCCCUCGGGCCCCGCCCCGCUCGCCUACGUGGGAUUUGACUGGGACAAAGUGGGCACGUUCCUAAUGGAGCCAUCAUGGGACACCCGAACCACAUACUACUUCCGCACGUCCUUCUCCCUCACCAACUCGGCGUGCGUCUCAAGCCUGCUGCUGCAAAUGCCGGUGAACGAUGGUGUGAUUGUCCACAUCAACAACCGUGAGGUGCUGCGCCUCAACAUGCCCCAAGGGGAUGUCACCAACGCCACCUCCGCGCUGUUGGAUAAAGAGGCGAUCAACGACGACGGAGACAGGUUCAUCUACACAGAGGCGACAGUGAAGCUGGGGGGGGCGGCAGCGGCGCCGGUGCUGGUAGACGGGGUGAACGUGGUGGCAGCAGAGGUGCACCUCAAUCAGGACGACGGCUGGGACAUCGCCUGGGCGCUUCGCCUCUCUGCUCUCCCCUCGUACGUGGAUUUGCCUGUGUGUCUGUGUCACACAUGCCUGUGUGUGGCAUGGGAUGUGUGA